UCCACCUCUCUCUCUCCUCUCCUCUCCUCGCCUCUUUCUUUGGAGAGAGAAAGAGAAAAAAAAAAAACAAACCAAGAACACCAAGGAGCCAGAGGCGGGAGAGAGAGAGAUGGCGCUCGUGAUCCUGGCGAGGAGGCGGGUGGCGGAGGCGGUGCUGAGGCGGCCGCAGGCGCUGGGGGCGGCGGUGUCGGGGUGGAGGGCGUCGUACGCCGCGGCGGCGGCGGCGGAGGGGGAGGAGAGCGACGUCGUGGUGGUGGGCGGCGGGCCGGGAGGGUACGUGGCGGCGAUCAAGGCCGCGCAGCUGGGGCUCAAGACCACCUGCAUCGAGAAGAGGGGCACCCUCGGCGGGACCUGCCUCAACGUCGGCUGCAUCCCCUCCAAGGCUCUGUUGCACUCGUCUCACAUGUACCAUGAAGCAAAGAGUUCUUUUGCACACCAUGGAGUGAAAUUUUCUAAUCUUGAGGUGGACCUUCCAGCUAUGAUGGCACAGAAAGACAAGGCUGUGGGAGGCCUGACUAAGGGGAUUGAAGGUCUGUUUAAGAAGAACAAAGUGACCUAUGUCAAGGGCUUUGGGAAGCUUUCUUCCCCAUCAGAGGUAUCUGUUGAUCUGAACGAUGGUGGUAGCACAGUUGUCAAAGGGAAAAACGUUAUCAUUGCUACAGGAUCUGAUGUGAAAUCACUCCCUGGAGUAACGAUUGAUGAGAAGAAAAUCGUCUCAUCUACUGGUGCCUUGUGCUUGUCAGAGAUUCCGAAGAAACUGGUGGUUAUUGGAGCAGGCUACAUUGGCCUGGAGAUGGGUUCGGUCUGGAACCGCCUCGGUUCAGAGGUCACUGUUGUUGAAUUUGCCCCAGAUAUAGUUCCAUCAAUGGAUGGCGAAGUCAGGAAGCAGUUCCAGCGCAUGUUGGAGAAGCAGAAGAUGAAGUUCAUGCUCAAGACAAAGGUUGUCGGAGUUGACACCUCUGGGGACGGUGUAAAGCUAACACUUGAACCUGCAGCUGGAGGUGAGCAGAGUGUCAUUGAAGCUGAUAUUGUACUGGUGUCUGCUGGCAGAGUCCCAUAUACUGCUGGCAUUGGGUUGGAAAGUGUUGGUGUUGAGACAGACAAAGCUGGAAGGAUCCUGGUGGAUAAGCGGUUCAUGACUAACGUCAAAGGAGUUUAUGCAAUUGGGGAUGCCAUCCCUGGGCCCAUGCUUGCCCACAAAGCUGAAGAGGAUGGUGUUGCCUGUGUUGAGUUCAUUGCUGGCAAGGAGGGGCAUGUAGACUAUGACACAGUGCCUGGUGUGGUCUAUACACAUCCAGAGGUCGCGUCUGUUGGAAAGACUGAGGAGCAGGUGAAGGCUUUAGGAAUUCCCUACCGUGUUGGCAAAUUUCCACUGCUGGCAAACAGCCGUGCGAAGGCCAUUGACGAUGCUGAGGGUUUGGUGAAGGUGGUGGCUGAGAAGGAAACUGACAAGAUUCUGGGCGUGCAUAUCAUGGCUCCUGGUGCUGGAGAGAUAAUCCACGAGGCUGUCCUUGCUUUGCAGUAUGGAGCAUCGAGCGAGGACAUUGCUCGGACAUGCCACGCUCAUCCCACCGUGAGCGAAGCCUUGAAGGAGGCCUGCCUGCAAACCUUCACAAAGGCGAUUCACAUUUAAGUUCUAUUUUGUUUUUAACAUCCAAACUGCUUGGCUUCACAAGUUCCAAAAUUUUGUAAUAAUUUUGGAUGUAUAUGGGAUCGUAAAGCCACUGAUAUGGCAUUUCGCUCUUGUUCAUGUUGCUGUGAAUCGACACUUGUUGCCACAGCCUGUAUAUGCUAUUGAAUUCCUUUCAAUUAGCUGCUAUACAUCCUUCUCUAAGAUAUAAACAGCGGAUUGUCAUUUCUGUGUGUCUCCACAAAAAGGAGAAAACAUUGCUGGAUGAAUCUUGGGUUAGAGCACUUUAUGGAUUCACCGUCUGCUUUCAAUAAUAAUGAUUGUUGCCAACCAUUA